GGGUGUUCAGCGGCGGGCCUUCGCGCUCUCACUGCUUGGCCAUCAUCUUGCAAGGUGCAAAGGACUGCCGCGCGCGCUCACCCCGACGCCCUCUUGCCAUCAGAUCGCUCACCCAGACGCUGCUCCGCCGCUCACACCGAUCGCUGCUGCAGCGACACACCGGAGAGUCCGCAACCAGCAGUGCUACACCCAAGUGCUGCAGCCCUGUCGUCGCGCGCGCGAUAAAAGGCAAGAAAAAUGGCCGCGCGCCUCCUCGCCACGACGGCCCGCCGCCUGGCCAUGCCCGCGGCCGCCGCCCUCACAGCCACCACGGCCGCGGCGUGCGACAGUAAGAAAGAGGACCGAUUAGAAGCAUUAGAAAGACGAGUGGCAGCCCUGGAACCGCGGAAGACGAACCCCACCGACCACUGGGCUUCUGAUCUAUUAGCGGCGGACGUGCUCUUCUCGGAACACCAAAUCGAGCAGAUGGUCGGGUCCCUCGCGACGCAGAUUUCCCGGGACUACGCGGGGCGCGACGUGGUCAUUGUCGGUUUGAUGGACGGCGUCUUCAUGUUCCUCGCGGAUCUGUCGCGAAAGAUCGACACGCAGCACCAGCUCGACUUUAUUUCCGCAAGUUCGUACGGGUUAGGUACCGUAAGCAGCGGCAACGUGCGCAUCAAGAAGGACGCGGACACGGCGCUCGCGGGCAAGCAUGUGUUACUGGUCGACGAGAUCUGCGACUCGGGCCGCACGCUGGCGUCGCUCAAACUACUGAUUUCGCAAAGAAACGCGGCAUCCGUGAAGACCUGCGUUCUACUAGAUAAAGUAAGCCGGCGCCAGGCCGACAUCCGGCCGGACUACGUGGGCGCGGUCUGCCCCGACGAGUUCGUCGUCGGGUACGGCAUGGACUGGGGCGGCAAGCUGCGGUCGCUGCCCUUCGUGGGCGUUGUUAGGAGGGAGCUCUACGAGUCCUGACUUUCCUUCUCUCUCGCGUCGACGUUCGUCGUAUGACUCGGGCGACCGCCACCGCCCCUGUACAUAGUAGCUCUAAUUGGCCGUUGUUAGACUUGCGCGGGUCCACGCGCGGGUGGGGGGUGGUGGC